AUGCCUAUUGCAGAGCUUUUGGGAGUCCAGUUCGACAUGCAGCUACUGUUGAAACUGAGUCUCUCUGUGGCUGCGGCUAUUCUGGUGUCUUGGGCCUACAGAUUCUACAGCUCCAGGGGUGUGAAGAAAAGUGAGCUCUGUGACAAAGACAACAAAGAGCCACAAAAUGCAACCUGCCAAAACUGCAAGACAACAUUGCGAUGUCAGAGCUCAACAGAACAUGAUACUGAUGAUGGGGAAGAACAACCUAGGCCGACGGACAAAGACUCAGCCACUGAAGAUCUGACAUCAGACAGCACCAAGGAAAUGCCAGCAGAAGCAUGUCUGCACCAAGGGGAAAAGAAGAGUGGGAUGUCCUGUACCACAGGGCGCCGCUCACCUUGCUUUUUACAGAAGCUAGAAGGCAUUGUGGGUGUGGGCAGGGAGUUAAGGCAAGACUUGGAGCACCAGGGGGCCUACUCCAGCUUCCUCUCCAAGGCAGAGAUCAAAGUGGAGGAUGCUAAUUUGGUGCUGGAAGGAACAGGAGACCAUAUUGUGCGUGGAAAGAUAUAUGACUACUAUGUUGAGUCCACCUCUCAUUCUAUUACAGACUCAAACACUGUGCUGGGUCAGUAUGAGUGGAACGCUGAGUCACAGCCAGUGGAGUUUGGAAGCCGUCGUGGCAGCCUCACCGAAUCUCCUUCCUCUUUGAGCCCCAUCAUUAUGCGUGAUCUGGUUUUACCGCAAAGCACUGUCGAGGAUCCCUCCUCACUAGGAAGCCUCCAGCUGAGGCCCCCCGCAAGGCCUAUACUCCUACGCAAGGAGAGCUAUCUGUCUGCAGCAGAGCAGUCUGAGCUGUCCAUGCCCUUUGCAACUUCAAGAGCUUCAACUCAAACGAGUCACUCUCUGGCCUCAACCAGCAAUGAGUCAAUCUCUGUUCACCCUAUGAUCUGUCCCUCUACAGGCAAUAAAGGCCUUAAUGUGAGGCAGGGGUCUGAUCUACAGACUGCAACAGGAGUUCCAUUUUUACACCUUUCAGCAAAAACUCUUGAUGGCACAGAUUUGGAAAGCUUAAAAAGUAAGCUUGAUUUGGGGAACUGUUUAGAGGCACUGUGCUUGGCCAAACAGUGGGGCCAGAACCCUGUGCAGCAAGCAGCCCUUGGAGUCAUGUCAGAUAACUACCUCCAGGUGCUCAGGGACCCAAACCUUUAUGGGCGGCUAAUGGCUGGUGAGCGGGAACAAAUCCAGAAGCAGAGAAUGAGAGGGAGAAGGUUUCUCAUGGUGGCAGAUAUGGACCCUCAAGACUGGGCGAGGAACACAGGGGGGCAGACAACAGAGAAAGAGGAAAGAAGUACAUCCAGUGCAGUGUACUAUUAUGAUGACUACAAAGACGCCUGGCAUACACUUUGCCUGAUCCCUCAGGAGGUCGUCUCUAAAGCCUGUGCCAUGUGCACAAUGGAUAACUACUUAUUUGUGGCAGUGGGCUGCCAAGGCACAGACAGAGAAAUGAUACCCUCAAAGCGAGUGUUUUGCUACAAUCCUUUGACAUCCAUUUGGAAGGAGAUCAGUCCUAUGAAUGAAGCCAGGCCCCGCUGCAAACUGGCAGCACUGGAGGGCUACAUCUACGCCAUCGGUGGGGAGUGCCUCUCAACAGUGGAACGCUAUGACCCGCGAUUGGACAGAUGGACGUUUGUGGCUCCACUACCUAAUGAUACAUUUGCUGUGGCACAUCACGUCACAGUGUGCAAUGGAGAGCUUUUUGUUUCUGGGGGAACUCUUAGAUGUAUGCUUCUGCGCUACAGCCCCAAAAUCAACACCUGGAGGCCAAGUCUGUUAGCAGGCAGCAAAGACAGAACUGCAGAUAUAAUGGCUGUGGGGCGAUUUCUAUAUCGGUUUGAUGUUAGCCCUCUGCUGGGUAUCAGCGUGUACCGCUACCACACAGUGGCUCGACUGUGGUAUGAGUGCAGCUCCAAACGGCUCCUCCAUUGCCCUGCCUUCCAGUGUGUUACAAUGGAUGACACAAUCUAUUGUGUCAGCCGCCAGUUCACCAUGAGGUUUGAGGCUGAUGAGAUCUCUCCUGCUUUCAAAGAUGAGGAUUUGAGUGUCCUCUCUGCAGCGAAGGGCAUACUUUUCCCCUUUGUCCUCUCACUCCCUGAUAAGAAGCCUCGCCAGACCAGUGUGUAA